AUGGCAAAGGAUGCGAGAUGUGGAGAGAGAACAGACGAGGACGAGGAAGAGGACGAGAACGAGGAAGAGGACGAGGACGAGGAAGAGGACGAAGAGAAGGAGAAGGACGAGGACGAGGACGAGGACGAGGACGAGGACGAGGAAGAGGAGAAGGAGGUAAAGCAGAGGGAGGUGGAGAGGGAGAAAGUGCGUGGGGGGAUGGCAUGA